AUGGAGUGCGUGCUCCCUAGAUUCGUAGAGGGAGGAGUGCGCGAGCAACGGCAGCUGCGCAGGCGCCACAGUUGUCGCUUGGAUCAGGCGAGGGUCCAGGUCCAGGGUUGUCACCCCAUUCGGGAGCAGCAGCGGCAGCAGUCUCAGCCUCCUGCAUUUGGUGGUGGAUUGAAAACCAAACCCAGGGAAAUCAACAGUUUCUUUGAAACCGUCUCAAUGCAUAUCCUGAAAAGUUUGCUUUUUCUUGCCCUUCACCACGCUGCCCAUGCAGCCCGGGAAGGAAGUGGCGCCAGGCAGAUCGAUGAGGUGACGGGCUCGGCUGCUGUACAAUAUCCAUUCUAUUGUACCCUAGAUCCCUUUCUGCCGGGAUGCCCUCUAGCUCCGCCAGCCCCCGAGCCAACGACCAUUCAAACAUCUACAACGCCUAAGACGACUACAGAGAAGACAACUCCAGAGUCGACAACGACAACUGCCAAGACAACUACCGUAAAGACAACCACUGGGCCGACAACGACAACUGCGAAGACAACUACUGAGCCGACAACGACAACUGCCAAGACAACGACUGAUCCCACAACGACAACUGCCAAGACAACGACUGAUCCCACAACGACAACUGCCAAGACAACUACCGUAAAGACAACGACUGAUCCCACAACGACAACUGCGAAGAAAACUACCGCAAAGACAACUAGCGAGCCCACAACGACAACUGCCAAGACAACUACCGAGCCGACGACGACAACAUCUAAGACAACUACCGUAAAGUCAACUACCGAGCCGACGACGACCACUGCGAAGACAACUACUGAGCCGACCUCCACAACUGCGAAGACAACUACCGUAAAGACAACUACUGAGCCCACAACGACAACUGCCAAGACAACUACCGUAAAGACAACUACCGAGCCGACAACGACAACUGCGAAGACAACUACCGUAAAGACAACUACUGAGCCUACAACCACAACUGCGAAGACAACUACCGAGCCCACAACGACAACUGCGAAGACAACUACCGCAAAGACAACGACUGAUCCCACAACGACAACUGCCAAGACAACUACCGUAAAGACAACUACCGAGCCCACAACGACAACUGCCAAGAUAACUACCGUAAAGACAACUACCGAGCCGACAACGACAACUGCGAAGACAACUACCGAGCCCACAACGACAACUGCCAAGACAACUACCGCAAAGACAACGACUGAUCCCACAACGACAACUGCCAAGACAACUACCGUAAAGUCAACUACCGAGCCGACAACGACAACUGCCAAGACAACUACCGAGCCGACGACGACAACUGCGAAGACAACUACUGAGCCGACCUCCACAACUGCGAAGACAACUACCGCAAAGACAACUACUGAGCCCACAACGACAACUGCCAAGACAACGACUGAUCCCACAACGACAACUGCCAAGACAACUACCGUAAAGACAACUACUGAGCCUACAACCACAACUGCGAAGACAACUACCGCAAAGACAACGACUGAUCCCACAACGACAACUGCCAAGACAACUACCGUAAAGUCAACUACCGAGCCGACAACGACAACUGCCAAGACAACUACCGCAAAGACAACUACUGAGCCCACAACGACAACUGCCAAGACAACUACCGUAAAGACAACUACCGAGCCCACAACGACAACUGCCAAGAUAACUACCGUAAAGACAACUACCGAGCCGACAACGACAACUGCGAAGACAACUACCGCAAAGACAACUACCGAGCCCGCGAAGACAACUACCGCAAAGACAACGACUGAUCCCACAACGACAACUGCCAAGACAACUACCGUAAAGUCAACUACCGAACCGACAACGACAACUGCCAAGACAACUACCGCAAAGACAACUACCGAGCCUACAACGACAACUGCGAAGACAACUACCGUAAAGACAACUACUGAGCCUACAACCACAACUGCCAAGACAACUACCGAGCCGACAACGACAACUGCGAAGACAACUACCGUAAAGACAACUACUGAGCCCACAACGACAACUGCCAAGACAACUACCGUAAAGACAACUACCGAGCCGACAACGACAACUGCGAAGACAACUACCGCAAAGACAACUACCGAGCCGACAACGACAACUGCCAAGACAACUACCGUAAAGACAACUACUGAGCCGACCACCACAACUGCGAAGACAACUACCGUAAAGACAACUACCACCGAGCCUACAACCACAACUGCCAAGACAACUACCGUAAAGACAUCUACCGAGCCGACCUCCACAACUGCCAAGACAACUACCGUAAAGACAACUACUGAGCCGACCACCACAACUGCGAAGACAACUACCGCAAAGACAACUACUGAGCCGACCACCACAACUGCGAAGACAACUACCGAGCCCACAACGACAACUGCGAAGACAACUACCGCAAAGACAACUACUGAGCCGACCACCACAACUGCCAAGACAACUACCGUAAAGACAUCUACCGAGCCUACAACCACAACUGCCAAGACAACUACCGUAAAGACAACUACCGAGCCGACAACGACAACUGCGAAGACAACUACCGCAAAGACAACUAGCGAGCCGACAACGACAACUGCGAAGACAACUACCGCAAAGACAACUACUGAGCCUACAACCACAACUGCCAAGACAACUACCGUAAAGACAUCUACCGAACCGACAACGACAACUGCCAAGACAACUACCGUAAAGACAACUACCGAGCCUACAACCACAACUGCCAAGACAACUACCCCAAAGACAACUACUGAGCCGACAACGACAACUGUCAAGACAACUACCGUAAAGACAACUACCGAGCCGACAACGACAACUGCGAAGACAACUACCGCAAAGACAACUAGCGAGCCGACAACGACAACUGCGAAGACAACUACCGCAAAGACAACUACUGAGCCUACAACCACAACUGCCAAGACAACUACCGUAAAGACAUCUACCGAACCGACAACGACAACUGCCAAGACAACUACCGUAAAGACAUCUACCGAGCCUACAACCACAACUGCCAAGACAACUACCGUAAAGACAACUGCCGAGCCGACAACGACAACUGCGAAGACAACUACCGCAAAGACAACUAGCGAGCCGACAACGACAACUGCGAAGACAACUACCGCAAAGACAACUACUGAGCCUACAACCACAACUGCCAAGACAACUACCGUAAAGACAUCUACCGAACCGACAACGACAACUGCGAAGACAACUACCGUAAAGACAACUACCGAGCCGACAACGACAACUGCGAAGACAACUACCGAGCCCACAACGACAACUGCGAAGACAACUACCGCAAAGACAACUACCGAGCCUACAACCACAACUGCGAAGACAACCACCCCAAAGACAACUACUGAGCCCACAACGACAACUGCCAAGACAACUACCGUAAAGACAACUACCGAGCCUACAACCACAACUGCCAAGACAACUACCGUAAAGACAUCUACCGAGCCGACCUCCACAACUGCCAAGACAACUACCGUAAAGACAACUACUGAGCCUACAACCACAACUGCGAAGACAACUACCGCAAAGACAACUACUGAGCCUACAACCACAACUGCCAAGACAACUACCCCAAAGACAACUACUGAGCCGACAACGACAACUGUCAAGACAACUACCGUAAAGACAACUACCGAGCCUACAACCACAACUGCGAAGACAACUACCGUAAAGACAACUACCGAGCCGACAACGACAACUGCGAAGACAACUACCGAGCCGACAACGACAACUGCCAAGACAACUACCGUAAAGACAACUACCGAGCCUACAACCACAACUGCCAAGACAACUACCGUAAAGACAUCUACCGAACCGACAACGACAACUGCCAAGACAACUACCGUAAAGACAACUACCGAGCCUACAACCACAACUGCGAAGACAACUACCGCAAAGACAACUACUGAGCCCACAACGACAACUACCACUACGGCAAAGACAACUAAAGAGCCAACAACUCCUAAAACAACGACAGUAAAGACCACUACGGCAAAGACAACUAAAGAGCCAACAACUCCCAAGACAACCACAGUAAAGACCACUACGGCAAAGACAACUAAAGAGCCAACAACUCCCAAGACAACCACAGUAAAGACCACUACGGCAAAGACAACUAAAGAGCCAACAACUCCCAAGACAACCACAGUAAAGACCACUACGGCAAAGACAACUAAAAAGCCAACAACUCCCAAGACAACUACAGUAAAGACCACUACGGCAAAGACAACUAAAGAGCCAACAACUCCGAAGACUACCACAGUAGAGACCACAACCGCAAAGACAACUAAAGAGCCAACAACGCCUAAGACAACGACAGUAAAGACCACUACGGCAAAGACAACUAAAGAGCCAACAACUCCCAAGACAACCACAGUAAAGACCACUACGGCAAAGACAACUAAAGAGCCAACAACUCCCAAGACAACCACAGUAAAGACCACUACGGCAAAGACAACUAAAGAGCCAACAACUCCCAAGACAACUACAGUAAAGACCACUACGGCAAAGACAACUAAAGAGCCAACAACUCCGAAGACUACCACAACCACUACGGCAAAAAAGACAACUAAAGAGCCAACAACUCCCAAGACAACCACAGUAAAGACCACUACGGCAAAGACAACUAAAGAGCCAACAACUCCCAAGACAACCACAGUAAAAACCUCAACCGCAAAGACAACUAAAGAGCCAACAACUCCAAAGACAACUACAGUAAAGACCACUACGGCAAAGACAACUAAAGAGCCAACAACUCCCAAGACAACCACAGUAAAAACCUCAACCGCAAAGACAACUAAAGAGCCAACAACUCCGAAGACAACCACAGUAAAGACCACAACCGCAAAGACAACUAAAGAGCCAACAACUCCCAAGACAACUACAGUAAAGACCACUACGGCAAAGACAACUAAAGAGCCAACAACUCCCAAGACAACUACAGUAAAGACCACAACCGCAAAGACAACUACAGAGCCAACAACUCCCAAGACAACCACAGUAAAGACCUCUACGGCAAAGACAACUAAAGAGCCAACAACUCCCAAAACAACCACAGUAAAGACCACUACGGCAAAGACAACUAAAGAGCCAACAACUCCCAAAACAACCACAGUAAAGACCACUACGGCAAAGACAACUAAAGAGCCAACAACUCCGAAGACAACCACAGUAAAGACCACAACCGCAAAGACGACUAAAGAGCCAACAACUCCCAAGACAACCACAGUAAAGACCACAACCGCAAAGACAACUACAGAGCCAACAACUCCCAAGACAACCACAGUAAAGACCUCUACGGCAAAGACAACUAAAGAGCCAACAACUCCCAAAACAACCACAGUAAAGACCACUACGGCAAAGACAACUAAAGAGCCAACAACUCCCAAAACAACCACAGUAAAGACCACUACGGCAAAGACAACUAAAAGAACCACAACCGCAAAGACGACUAAAGAGCCAACAACUCCCAAGACAACCACAGUAAAGACCACUACGGCAAAGACAACUAAUGAGCCAACAACUCCGAAGACAACCACAGUAAAAACCUCAACCGCAAAGACAACUAAAGAGCCAACAACUCCAAAGACAACUACAGUAAAGACCACUACGGCAAAGACAACUAAAGAGCCAACAACUCCCAAGACAACCACAACAACUAAAGAGCCAACAACUCCCAAGACAACAACUAAAGAGCCAGCAACUCCGAAGACAACCACAGUAAAGACCACUACGGCAAAGACAACUAAAGAGCCAGCAACUACAACUACGAAAACAACUCCUGAGCCACCAACUCCUGACACGACAACCACAAUAACAACAGCCAGGCCACCAUCAAAUUCUUCUAGUGCUGGGGGGCAACAGGGUAUUCAUGCGCACCAUCACGUUCAUUAUCAUAAUUCGGGUGAUCCUGGUUUUGGGCUCCCGUCGCUUCCACAACUUCCUCCUCUGCCGGCGCUUCCUUUUCCACCAUUCGGGCUGCCGCUUCCUCCACCGCUUCCUUUGCCAUUUCCAGUGCCUAAAUUUCCAGAGUUCAAUUUAACCGAUUUUAGAUUGCCAGAGGUUGCAUUACCAGAAGUUUCAUUACCAGAAGUAUCACUUCCCGCAGUUUCCUUACCCGCCUUACCCGCGUUACCCGCGUUACCACCUUUGCCAGCAUUGCCAAAUCCAUUUGGUGGUUUUCCAAGUUUCUUUUGGAGAUCGCAAAAGAAUGGAAGUUAAGUCAAAAAUCUCUUCAGAUAUAUCUAAAUGUUAUUCUAGAUUUUGAAUCACUCUCUGACCUUUUUUCAAAGAAAAAACACACAGCACAUUCAUCAUUUCCCACAUUGCAAUUUCGCAAAGUUCGUGCCAGGGGAAAACUCAACUCAAAGCAUUGGCUGAUGCAAUGCCCUGUAGAAAUUUCAUCAGCGAAUCAACAGAAAAUCCAGAAAAAAAACAUCAGAACUUUCAACUCCACAAGGCAUUCCCCCCGCAUGUUUGUUUGUUUGUUUGUUGUUUUCGCCAAGUUAGAACAUUAUUUGUAGAAUUAUUUUGUUGUUAAGAGAAUUGCACUAAAAACAGUAAACUGUGACAGUGGCAGCCACAAAGAGGGGUUUCCAAUGCUUAAACGGAUACGUUUUUGGAUCAUUAAUUAGUAUUCUCAUAGGUUUGAUAGACUCUUGUUCACUCAUUAGGCAAUCAUCAAUCAUAGUUAAUCAAAUUGUGUGACGCUCUUUGGUUUCUCGAGUGGUUUAUGACUUUUUAGAGGUUCUCUAAAGUUUAAAGAACUUUAAAUAUCUAGAGAUACGAGCCCUAGGAGCCUUAGGCUUUAGUUUGCAUCUCUCCCCAGACGAUGCCUGAUAAAUUAUGAAUGCCCUGGCACUGGGGCUCGUGACUCAAACAGGUGCAGUGGCGACUCUGUAUAGAGACUGGAGUGUGUAUAGGAGGAGUGUGUGCCGUGUGUGCCUCCUCCCCGUGAACCGACAUGGUCAUGAAACGCUUCCUACAAAAGCAACUACUACACAAAAGUUUAAUUAAUUCAAGACAUUUCGUGUGACGACUGGAAGGCAUAGCUCCGACUGCGACUGAUGCUGAACCGAAACAAUAAAUCCAAGUAAAUGCAUAAAAAAUAAGUAUAAUUAAGGAAAAAGCAUUACCCAAAAUGAAAGGUAACUGGUUCUGAACACGAUACAUAUCUACAGAUAUCUACUUGUAUAUAUUCUAGACAUAAGUAAAGCCAAGCCAACUUUCAAUUCCGUUUCUGUUUAGAGGUUUGACAAGCGGAUAUUGUGAGAGAGUGAGGAGAGAUAAUAUUGCUAUUCUGUGAUCAUGUUAUAUGCAUAAGCAAAUGAGAUAAUCAGGGUGAUUACUAGGGAUUUUAAUAUUCAGAUUCAUGCUGGAACCACUAGACUAGACCCCUACAAUUACCAACAGCUGCCACUAAAUGAACCCCAACCUUAUCCCAUCCCAUAAUGGUGAUAUAAUAAACAGAGAGAGCUAAAAAGAUCUCUCAAGCAUCAGGGCUCAUUGUGCUCUAACAAAAAAAACAGAUCAUUGGUUCUCGGAUCAUUGGUUCCAUUGUGUGGAUUUACUUGCGGAAAUAUCAACAUCACAGACAGCUCAAGGAAUUGGUUCGGGUCGGGGGUUCUACUACCCACUCACAGUGUAAAUGUCACAACGAUCUAUAGACAUCUGUAGAACUGUUUAACAUUUGAAUGACUUUGUAGAAGUGAAUGGAAAACCCUCCACAAGGUUCUCUUUAUAAUAUCACAAAAUGUU